CUCACUUGUGUUCAGAGAGCCAUCUGUAGAUCAGUAAGACAAAAGGCGCUCCUGAGCCUUGGCGUCACUCAACAGGAUUGUCGAAGAUCAAGUGUCAGUGUUGAAAUGAACUCCUUGUCAGCAUGGACGGUGUCUCCUUCAGCUCUACCCUUUCUCUGUCUCGUCUUGGGCACACAGGCCCAGCAGGCCUUCAGGUCUGAGCCCAGGAACGUCACCGUGCCGAUGGGAGCCACAGCUGUGUUGAGGUGUGAGGUGCUGCGGGCCUCAGGGACUGUGCAGUGGGUGAAAGAUGGCCUCCUCCUGGGACAUCACAGAAGCCUGCCAGGCUUUCCACGAUACAGCAUGAUUGGAAACCCCCAGAGAGGGCAGCAUCAUCUUAAGAUUGAAGCAGCCCAACUGGAAGAUGACGCCCCGUAUGAAUGUCAAGCGGGCCGGUCUGAGAGCAGUCAAGCAAUCAUUUCCAUAACAGCCUGGGUCAACGUACUAAUUCCUCCUUCCAAGGCACACUUGGAGCUGGACAUGGCAACACCUUGGGUAGCAGGGAAGACGUACACCGUCACCUGUAUUGCCACUGACUCAAAGCCCUCGGCUGAAAUCACACUUUAUAAAGAUGAAGUCGAGCUGACAGGUGGAGAGUCUUUCACCAUGUCUGGCUCAACGGAUAAGCUCCUGAACACGCAUGCUCAAGUAACGGUCACUGCUCUGAGCUCUGACAACGGGAGGCAGCUGGCAUGUUAUGCCAAGCACCCCGCCCUUUUACGGCCUGUGGAGACCACAAUGACCAUGAGCGUGUACUUCCCACCUCAGCCUCCAGUUAUUCUAGGUCUGGAGUGGGAGGAAAUCAAAGCAGGGACAAUGCUCAGGUUGGUGUGUGUGUCUCAUGGUGGAAACCCCCUAGCCAAUCUCCACUGGACCAAGAAUGGAGAAGUUCUGUCCACUAUUUGGCAGGAGGACAUUGUGAUGCAGAAGUCCAGCAGUAUCCUCAACCUGAAGAUCACCCCUGCGGACAACCAGGCAGUGUUGUGCUGUGAGAGCAUCAAUCUGGUGUCCCUGUCACCUCUUUCUCUCAGCCGCAAAAUCACUGUGCUCUUUGAGCCUGCAGAGGUGACACUGUUGGGAUCGUUCAAGGCAACUGAGGGGCAGGACUUGAAUCUGACCUGCUACGCCAGCUCCAGUAAUCCCCCUGUCCAGAUCCGCUGGUGGCUGGGCUACAAGGAGCUCAACUCCUUUGUUGUCACUAUGGAAGAGGGAGACAAUGGUGGGAUGACAACCAUGUCCAACAUAACCCACCGGGUCUCCCGGGAGGAGGAUGGGCUGAAACUCACCUGUGAGGCUUUCAACAGGGGAACACACUUCUCCAAGAGCCAGAUCUCCAAACUUACUGUGUACUACCCCCCUCAAAAGGUGUGGCUCGAUUCUCCUCCUCAAGAUGUCCCCCUUCGUUCAGGAACAACAGUCCGUCUCAUCUGCUUCUCCACUGGAGGAAAUCCCACUGGGACUCUGACCUGGUUUAAGAAUGGAAAGGCUGUGACUGAUGCACUGAAGCAGACUUCCUUUGAUCGGGGUGUGGCUCGGGAACUGGUCCUGGUCCUGACAGCAAGUGACAACAUGGCUACCUACCGCUGUGAUUCCACAAAUAAGGCAAAGAAGGCCAUCUCUGCAGACACUAAGCUCAUGGUUCACUUUCCAGCAGUAAGUAUCAACAUCACAACCAAACAGGAGGAGCUACGCAGGGGUCAGAUGCUAACCCUGGAGUGCGAAGUUGGAAGCAGUAACCCAAAAGCCAGCAUCUUCUGGAGAUUGGGCGCACUCAGGUUCCAGGGAGUGGAGCAGUCGCCUACGACAGCUAAGUUUGGCGGUGUGUCAGUGCGCAGUUCUCUUUCCCUGAAUUUAAGCUCACAGCACCACAAUCAGAGGGUAAUUUGCCAGGCCUACAGUCCUGUGUUAGAGGAGGGGGCUUACACAUUCUUCAAACUCCAUGUGCUCUACCCACCAGAGUUCAGCCCCAAGCAGCGAACGCAGGUCCAGGUGGUGGAGGAUGACAUGGCAACCAUCCCGCUGCUGGUCUCAGCUAACCCAGAGGAGGUCUCCUGCAUUUGGCGGCAUCGCGGGAAGAAGCUGGACAAAGAGAAGGAUCCGCGCUUCCAAUGGUCGCUGAUGAUCAAGAAUGUGACGAAGAAAGAUGCCGGACUUUACACUGUGGAGUGUACAAAUGAUGAGGGUGUCAACCAAACCUCUAUCAGGCUGGACGUUCAUUAUGCUCCCAGUGUCAAGGCAGAGAAAGACCCUGUGUUUGUGAACCUGGGGGAAACAGCAGACCUGAUAUGUGUGGCGGAUGCCAACCCCAUUAUAUCUGGCAUGUUCUCUUGGAAAUUGCUGGGAGAAGAAGAGGUGGAGAUGGGAGAGGAGACUCAGGAAGAUGAAUCUGGCCUUCUGACCAUCCAUAAUGUGACUCGGGCUCAUGCUGGUCUUUACCAGUGCACAGCCAAUAAUGGCAUAGAACCCCCUGCCACUGUAGAUGUGCAGCUGGUAGUGCAAUUCAAACCAGAGCUUCAGAAAGGAUCCCGAUGGAGUAAGGUAGCAAGUAGAGGAGAUGGCACCACUACAGCUGAGAUAGUGUGUCAGGCAGAAGGUAUCCCUCGUGUCGACUUCUCAUGGGAGAAAAAUGGUGUACUCAUGGACUUUGCAAACCCCAGGUAUGAGAUGCGUACCAUGAGGGAGGGCUCCUUCCACACCAGCACUGUUCGAGUAGUAAAUGUGAGCGUAGCCCUGGACUAUGCUGUCUUCAGCUGCACUGCUCGCAACUCACUUGGGGAAGACAAGCUAGACAUCCAGCUCGUCAGCACAAGUCAUCCAGAUCCCCCUUUAUCAUUUCGCCAAGUCACGGUCACCCAUGACUCAGUCACUCUGGAGUGGAUCCCUGGGUUUGAUGGGGGUUUGCAGCAAAAAUUUCGUAUAAGAUAUCGUUGGGAUCAAUCAGCCAGUUUCCUGUACGUGGACGUCUUUCCUCCCAGAGCAACGACCUUCACUGUCACUGGCUUGCAGCCUGUCACCACCUACAACUUCUCCGUCAAUGCCCUCAAUGCAAUGGGAGAGAGUGGCUAUGCUGACAACAAUGCAGUACUGACCAUCACCACCAAGGAGGAGCCAGAGUUAGAAGAAGACCCAGCAGAUGAUGACUCAGUCUCACGGAGUGCAGGUGGACUGUCUGCCUAUUUGACAGUAGUGUCCACAGUGGUGUUCGGAGUCAUGCUGGUAUGUAAUUCACUGGGCUGCUUCUUUGGAUUGAGGUGGAAAAAGAGGCGAGGCCAGACAGGUAACCAUAAUGCUCUUUUCAUCUGCGGAUAUGAAAGCAUUUCCUCCGUCACUAUCUGUUAUUACGAUGUCCUGAUUCCUCAACAAAACUCUAAAAAGAUUACUCCAAACCAUGAUGCAAUUGUCAGCUCAGCCUCUCACUCUCUUCUCAUCUCCCCAUGUCCCUCUGUCUAUCUGUCUAUCUGUCUCCUCUUCUUGUGCUCAUUCUCUAAGCCUCCACCUCCUGCCACAUUCAUCCUUCAAAGCUGUCACUUCUGUGUUCCAACCAUAUAUUUUAUCUCAUUUGCUAGCGUUAUGUUCUUCCUCUGUCUCUCCUUCUGUCUCUUUCUAUUUGUUCUUCAGUCUAACUCUCAGGUUCUCACCUCUCUAUCUCUUAUUUUUCAUUCCUCACCUUCCUCUGCCCUCUGGUUUUUACGUAGAUUUUCACAGCUUACUUGUCUUUCAUUCACUCUCACUCUUUCGCCCUAUUAUUGCUCUGAGACGAUGCUCCUCCCUUCAAGUUCUAAUUUCCUAAAACUAAGCCUCUUUUCUCCUGUUCCCAUUCCCCCUGCAGGGGGUAGAGGAGGCAGUGCGUUGGAUGGAAAGAAGAAUGAAGAGGAGGGGUCCAGUCAGUCAACUGUAAGCAACUCCAAUAAGUAUGAGAGCAGAGAAAAGAUCAACACUGCAGCCCAGCACACCCUCCUCAUCGACUCUGGAUCUGAAACUGACAGCAACGUCUACGAGAGCUAUGUGCCGGAAAGCUCCCAUUAUUAUUACCCCACCGGUGACUACAUCCCGCCUCUCAGUCCACACACUGAGGAAACACGCAAGCUUGAUGUCACCCGCCCGCCCGUGGACUGCCACAGCCAUUUGUAUGAAGAUGUAAGAGACGGGGGCCUGUACCAAGACAUCCUGUUUUCCUCUCUUCCUUCCCCUCCACCCUUGUUUGACCACAGAUUCCUCCCUCAAAGGAAUGAGUGGAGAUCAUCAACCUACCCUCAGCGUGGUACUGAGAGAGUGAAGGAGACCAUGGAUGUUCGACAACUGCAGAGGGAUUCUGAUCUUCCCUUCGAACUACGAGGAGAAUUAGUUUAGAAGUGGUCAGCUCAAACAGAUACGCUAUGGUCAACAGUAGUCAUUGAGUACAUAAUUGUACAGCAGAUAUUGACUACAGUGCUAUUUAAUUUAUUCUUUUUGAAUGGUAUCUCAUAAGUCACCGUGGUAGAGCUGGAAUUCUUGUAAAUGUUAUAUAAUACAGUAUUUCACUUUCAAAGCACUGAGUGGACCUAGAGAAAACUAAACAAGCUGAACAGUAGCAAGGUACAAUGGCAGACUGAUAUGAAAAAAAAUAAUUUGAAAGCCUCAAUAACCUCAAUCAAGAAUGAUACUACUGCUAUUCACGGACAGUUUAUACACCUGUUUAUUUUCUUCACCCUCUGUGAUCUUACUCUAUCCACCUCCUCCCUUGACCUCGCUUUCAUCUUUCAACUUUACUCUCUUUCUUGGAGCCAAGUCAUGCCCCCCCACCCCCAACCCCCAACUCCCGCUUUGUCCUGCAGGGAGACAUGAAUCAGUCAGUUAGAGAUAAAAAUGCACUGACACCGCUGGUUGGCGGUGAGGCGGAAGCAGUUCAGAGUCAUGGUGCCACCCAAGCAGACAUCAUCCUUUUUGACCCAUCCAAUGUCAACAUUUUCCAACAUUUAUCCAGAUGAGAACCUGACAACAGUAGCCCGUCCCUCCCCUGUCUGAGUUUCAAACCUCAUGGUUAGUCUGUGGGAAUCCCUACAAAUGGGAUAGUACUGGGUGGUAUUUAGCAUGGUUAUGUCUUCAGGAGGUAAAGCCAUAUCUAGGGCCAAACUGUAAUCCUGUUUUCUCUGGGAUUGAAGUUUAGCUCACAGCAUCAGUGAGAGAGAGAAACCAUGCAGGGAAUUUGUCUCACUGAGGGUGGACAAUCAAAGAGAGAUAGAGACUGUCAGAGAGGGUAAGACUAAGCGGUGACUGUGGCUACGGCUACAAAAAACUCUCCUCUUUUUUCCCUUUUCAAUUUUGUACCAAAUUGUAGUUCAAGAAAAAACUGGUCACUUUACUCCACAGCCUAUAAAAUAAUAAAACUUUUAUUUAUAGAGCACUUUUCAAAAUCAAAGUUGCUUUGCACGGGAUCAGGAUCCUAUGCUUCCAGGGUCCUAUUAGCAUGUGUGUCUCUUGGUAUAAACUGUAAGAGAUUGGUACGGGCUAACUUCACAGUUCAAAUUGCAGAAGAAUUUAAGGGACAUGGAAAUUUCAAAUGGUAAAAAUCUGUUCUGCCACGGUGGAUAUAUCGGUCUAAAGUCAAAAAAACUAUCUUGCCUGCAAAUUUGAGGGCAUAUGUUUCAAGAAUUAUAAUAUCAGUAGGCUGUAUAGGCUGUAAGUGGUUGAUUUCAACAUAUUGACUUUUCAAAAGGAUAUUGAGAUGGGGAACAUAGGACUCUGGGAGCAUAUGUUCCUGCUUUGGACAAGACAUCUAAUUCAAAUUAUACAAAUGGUAAAACCAACAAAACCAACAGUCUAAAAGAGUCUACUGCCAUGCAGCAUCUCUGUGGAGCUGUACUUAAGCACAGCAGUUCCUUGAGCUUCAUGCUAACAUCAGCAUGCUAACAUGCUCUCAGUGGCAAUGCUAACAUUGUGAUGUUUAUCAGAUAUAAGGUGUAACUGUUUCACCAUUUUAGUUUAGCCUGUUAACAUGCUAACUGUUGCUAAUUAGCACUAAACACCUACAACUGAGGCUUUACAUAUAGAUUACAAUAUAAGGUGUCUUCCUGUAUUAUAACAGAGUUUGUGUGAUAUAUGAAAUUGUUUAACUUCAUUAUUUAAUGUUUACUCUGCAGAGAUCAGAAACCCUGAAGAUCUCAUUUUGUUUUAGCUUUUUGUUGCCUUGUUUGUGUGCAAAUAGUCACUGGGCUGUUAUUAUAUCUGUACACAGAGAAGUUAUGCUUGCACCACGUUCCUGUUUCCUGCUUCUGCUUUUCCCUCAAGCAAUAUUUGUCACAUAGCAACAUCAGUCUCAUAGUACACAAUCUCACACAUAACGCAGUCAGUACAGAUGACACAUGUAUAGUCCAGUGAGACACAUGUAAAGACAGAGGUGUAUAAUUUUCAUUUACUGUAUAUUCACAGUAAUGUGUUGUUACUGUAAAUAAAAUCAUUAUAUCUAUGGAAAUAUUUA